AGGUCAGAUUUUUUUCACUUUUAAGGUGCUCAGCCUAUGCUUAUAAUAUAAUUUAUGUAUUAAUCUAUAUAUUAUCUAUUAAGUUCAAGAAAAUUGGUAAAACAAUUUUUUGUAGGAAAUCGUUGAAAAGUAAUAGCAUUCUGAAAGAAUCAAAAAACUGCUACACUAAAUUCUGGCUGACAUAGAAAAGGUUAGAAUUAUCAGAGGAUUCCUAAUAUGUGAAUUCUGUAAACUUAUUCUUUCUCCUGUAACAAGCAACAAGUUAUAGAUUAAAGACUAAAGAUAUUAAAAGAUAGAAACAACAAUGAGUGACAACCAGUCAAGUUCAAGUGCCAGUUCAGAAUAUCAAAACUCUACUCCACAAAGAGGCCUUCAAGCUGUGAUUGGACACAUGACAUCUAAUAAAGUCAGUGCUCUAUUAUGGAUGACUCGAAUGACUACAAUGUUUCUAACUUUCUGUUAUUUGAUACCUUUAUUUGGGUUUAAUCCAUAUAGUUGUUAUUACAAGGCACUCAUGAGUAAUGCUGCUACAAGUGCACUUCGUCUUCAUCAGCGUCUUCCAAAUUUUCAGUUCAACAGAGAGUUUUUAGCCUUGCUACUGAUAGAAGAUAGUUGCCACUAUCUGUUCUAUUCCCUAAUUUUCCUGUAUGCAUACCCCAUUACUUUGGUGUUGCUACCUAUCUUUCUAUUUGCACUACUUCAUUCAGCAAGUUAUAGCAUCAGCAUACUUGAUAAACUUGGACAAAAUUCAGGAUGGUUAGCUAGAUCACUGAUGUCUUUAGUUGGACAGCAGCAAAUCAACAUCUUGCGCUUGGUGGCUUUUACAGAAAUAUUCUUGAUGCCUUUAACUUUGUUUAUGAUCUUUACAGGUCGUGGAAGUCUUCUUACUCCCUUUGUUUAUUAUCGCUUCUUGACUCUUCGAUAUGCAUCUCGACGAAAUCCCUAUACAAGAAACGUAUUCCACGAACUCCGAUUAUCUAUUGAAAUGCAAGCUAAUCAUCCUCGUUGUCCUGAAACUCUCCGAAGGUUUUGUCAUUCAGCCAUUGCUUUUGUUACACGACUUGCUCCCCCUGUUACAGCUCAGUAACCUAUAGAUUUAAAUUUUGAUCUACAAAAAUAAUUUUAAAAGUGUAAUAACUUGUAUGAACAUGAUUAAUAUGGUACUUCAGUUGCUAAGAAAUAAUAUGUAUUAUCUUUGUAGAUUUAUGUGUUGUGACCUCUGGUGUAAAUUUACUGAAUAUUUCUGUGAAAUUUGAUUCUUUUUCUACAAAAUAUACCACUUUGUUAUGACUUAAGUCUCAAGUCACAUGUACAAUAAAAUUAACAUUCUGUAAUUGUACAUGCAUAGAAGCAUGUGUUUUGAGAUAAAACAAAAAAUAUAUUUUGCAGAAAAAUUCACUCUGAAAUAUGUGUUUUUUGUGGCCUAUUUAAGUUAAGUCAGUCAUAUGAAAUGCUUCAAUUAUAGUGUAAUAAGCUUUAAAUCUUAACUGUCUCAAUACUUGCACUAAAUUGAUAUUAUUUGUUGUAUCUCAACUAGAGUUUGAUAACCUUGGGAUUAAGUUGCCCAUAAUCACUGUUUGGGUGCUUCCUUCCUCGAGGUAAAAAAUUACACCAUUAAAUUCAAAAAAUUUAUAGAAAAUAAACUCAUAGUGGUUCUUCCACACAUUUAACAACUUCAGAAUUUUAAUGUAUUCAUUAAAAAAAUUUUGUUUAUUUGAUUUUAUACAUCAAAAGUUUUUAAAAUCAAAAAUUUUGAUUUUGGGUUGAUUUCAUUGCAAUCUGAACAAAAUCAUUAGGUGUUCGUGAAUUUCUUGAUUUUUGUUUCUGAGCAUAAUACACCACUUGUAGCCUACUAGAAAGAAAGUCAUAAUAGUUUUUAAGAAAAUAGCAUUAAUUUGACUUUGUAGCAAGACUAAAAGUGUAAUUUUAUUGAUUUUUAGCCAACAACUUUUUCCCAACCUCGGUUGUCACAGUGUGAUGUAAUUACUAUAUCUUAGCUUUAAUAAGCCAUUUGCUAGUUAUCUAAACAUGUAAUGAAAGACCUUUUUCAUUUCAAUAGUAUAAGCCAGUAUGGCUUCUAGUUCAGCAGAAAUUUAUGUAGAAAUUAGAACAAAGUGAUAAAACCUUAGCUUGGUGAUAUGUUGCUAGAACAAAAGAUGUAUGUGAACAGUUUCCACCACAAUUACAGUGUUGUUUUUUUGAAAGCUUGUAAAAAAAAGCUUGUUUUAUCAAUUUAUAUCUUAGUUGAAUUAUGAUAUUGCAGUCUGAUAGGAAAAUAAAUGUUUUUUGUGGAACAAGAUGAGGUGGGCUUAGUUAAGUCAUUUUACACUCAAUCGUAUAAAGUUUUGUUUCAUCAGUGAGGCCCCGCUGUUUUAGGCCAUCUUUACGUUAGGUUUUAUCAACCUAAGUAACUGCUUGAAUAGACAAAGAAAAUCACAAAAUAUAAAUGUACAAAAAAAUUAUAUACAUGAAUAUAAAACAUGCUUAUAAUUUUGUAUGGUUAAAAGGUUAUUUUUAUUGUAUGCCAGUGAUCAUAAAUACACAUAAAAUUUACAGUUUUAUAAAAUAAAUACUUUAUAGGAAAGUUUAAAAGCAAAUAGGUAGACUUAAAAAUCAGUAAUUAAAAUCAACAACAAAGGCAAAACAUUUUUAAUUCUUUUCUAAAAACCGUUACAAUGAAAUCUUUUCAAAUUUUCAAAGCUGCAAGUUCAUACAAAUAUCACAUUAAAAUAUAUAGUUUAUUUCUAGAAGCUCUAUAUAAUUUGUAGAAAUUUCUUUUGAAGUUUCAAACUAUUUCGUCCGUCCGGUACUUUUGUUUUUUGAAUGAAAUAAAACAAACUUUAAAAUAGCUGCAUUGAAUUGAUGCACUUGGGAGUGAAAGAGAUAAUCAGUAUGUACUCAUUUUAUUUACUUCACUCAAGAGUCUAAUAAUCUUGGCAUUUAAGCUACUUUAACUAAUUUGAAGUACUUAUUAUUUGCAUUAUGCCAAUCAAGAAUUAAUAUUUUUUUUUUUUACUAGUUUUUUAAAUUUCUGAGUAAAACUGAAGAUUUUUACAUUCCACAUUGAACUUUUAUUGCAAUGAUUUUAGAAUAUACAUUCUUAUUUUAAUUUACAUUCAUAUAGUCUUUUGUAUGUUUGUUUUACAGUAAACAUAUCGUAAACUGUUUUUUUUUGUUUAAAAUAGGUGCAUUAUAUAAAAUGUGUAAGAAUUAAUAUACCAUUACAAGAGGACAGAUGUAAAAAUAAAUUGGAUUGAUUUUUGUUUUAUAACUUCUGAACAAGUUCAUUUCUUACGUAUAAAUAGUCUGGAAAUCUGACAGUAUCAGUUUUUUCUAAUGAGUGGUAGUUUUUUUUUACUAUACUGAAGUAUUCCAGAAAAUAUAAUUUAUAGUUGUAAAUGCUUUAAUAGAAGUUAUUUGAUUGUUUUGUUUUCAGAAAUUUAUUCUGUAAACUCUAACAUACAGAGUAUUGUUAAUGCAAAUUCUAAUGGAAUAAAUUAAUUUUUGCAAUAUCAACUACUUUGGAAAAUGUUGGUAAUUUAACCAGAAAAAUCUUCAGAAAUGGAUAUCUGUAGACUAUUUAUUAAUGUUUUAGUUAUUAAAUCAAUAUAAAAAAUAGUAAUAAUUUUUUUUUCAAGUGUAAACUAAUACAUGUUAUAAUAUUAAUCUUGUGUAAGAAACUAUUUGUUGUAGUAGAACUUCUGUGUAAUAACGGAAUGUAAUAUUAUGAAACACUGAGAAUGUUAAAACCAAGCCUUUUUAAAGGUAACGUUUUGAAUGUUUUUAAUUUCAUAUGAUGCCUGUUAUUUUAACAUUUACCAUACCCCUUUUCUUCUCUUUAUAUUAUAGUAAACUACAUGCAGCAUUUUUGGUAGAAAACUACUUUUUUGUUAACUAAAAAAUAUUCAAGAUGGAGUGUUACAAACUUUAAUUGUGACUAUAAGCAAAAUAAAAUGUUCAAAUUUUAUAUA